CCCUGUGUGGGACUCUGACUUUGUCCCUUGCAGGAUGGUGUCUGGUGGCAGCAAACAGGGCACAGCACUGUGAGUACGGGGACAGGGGGAGAAUGUGGACAGAGGGAGGGGAGUGUGGGGAGGGGUCCAUCAGAGGGGUCCAGGAGGGUGUGCAGGGACAAGGCUGACUGCUGUCCCCUGUCCUAGUGCUCCGACCCUCCUUGUCACUGCACCCCAGCCAGGGGGUGGCUGUGGGGGACACUGUCACCCUGCGGUGCCACGUGCCCCGUCCAGCUGCCUCGAUCCGACUCUGCCAGGAAGAACGAUUCCUAUCCUGCAUGUACAAGUACCAAGUGCAGAAUACGGCUGAGUUCUCUUUUAUUAGCACAACGCGGGAACACACAGGGACAUACCGGUGCUAUUACUGGAUGUCAGAGCCUUGGGAGACAUGGGAAAAGAGUGAUCCCGUGGAGCUGGUGGUGACAGAUUACCACUUAGCCGCACCCAGCAUUUCCCUGUGCCUGGACAGAUGUGUGGAAAUGGGGACCAAUGUAACAUUCUGUGUGGAGACAAGGACCAAUGUCACCAUCCUGUGCAGGGGCAAGAAUGAUGGGUCCUCCCUCCUCCUGCACAAGGAUGGGUCCUCAGCCCCUAUCCAGCACCAGGACCCUGAUGGUGGGAGUGUGGCCACCUUCACCCUCUUUGGGGUGACCCUGGAAGAUGCUGGCACCUAUAGGUGCUCUUACCGCUCCAAGAACUACCCCUUUGUAUCCUCACCCCUUGGCAACAGCGUGGUGCUGAAGGUGACACCCACACCUACACCCCCAGGUGCCCUAGCAGGGCCCCGUUGGAACCUGGUGGUGGCUGUGGUGGGAGGUUGCAUUGCUGCCAUCAUCUUUAUCCUCGUCCUCUUCUUCCUCGUUGCUGCCCACAGACGAUGGAUAUGGAGAGAUGGAAAUCCUCAAGGUGCCCCCCGCUGACACUGAGGGUCUGACCUACGUCGAGCUGCAAGUUGCGACCCCCAGCACCCAGCCCCCCAGUUCCCCCAGUUCCCCCCAGCCCUCUGUGAUCUACGCCGAGGUGGCAACUGCGAGACCCUGCUGAUGCCUCUGGUAUGUGUGCACAGACAUGUAUAUGUUGUGUGCACACAUGAACUUCCAGCACGUGCAGUGCAGGUGUGAGAUGUGUGCUCACCAUCCCCUGUGCACUACAUGCGUAUACCACUGCAUUGUUCACACGAAUUACAUGUUUGUGCGUAGUCACAUGUGCAGAAUAGAUGUACACACAUGUGUACUAACACACGUAACACUGUGUCUCCGUGUGUGUGUGUGACAUCACACGUGUACACUGAUACGUGAACACAACACUGUGCACAUGUGUCCUUAGCGUGUGCUCCCUGUGCCUGCGUUACACGUCUCUACAGAACACGCGUGUCCAUAGCGUGUGCCCCAUUCCUCACCACACCUGUCCCUGCAGCACACAUGUGUCCUUAGCGUGUGCUCCCCAUGGAACAACUCCAGUUCGUCAAUCCAAAUGAGCAUCCAUCCCACAAUGCUUUUUGGGACAGGAUUCCCAUUUUUGGAGGGUUUUGUCCCACUCUCCUGGACCAGAAUUCUGAUUCUGAAGGGUUUUAUCCUGCUUUUGGGGAGAGGAUUCCUAAUUC